AUGCUCAGGAGGAUGUCCCACGCCAUCAAGUUCUAUGACAUCGGUCUCAAUCUCACGGACCCCAUGUACCAGGGCCUCUACAACGGCAAACAGUACCACCAGCCCGACAUCCAGCGCGUCCUGCGGCGCGCGCAGCAGGCCCGUGUCCACGCUAUGCUCCUCACCGGCUCCUCUAUCCACGAGUCCCAAGAGGCCGUCGCGCUCGCCGCCCGCUUCCACUCCCCGGACGCGCGUCUCUACUACACCUUGGGCGUCCACCCGUGCUGUGUGAACGAGUUUGUCCUCGCCGACACCAACUCCACCAUUGACAACCCGACCAACGACCCAGAGUUCAACGCACGCCUCGACGUCGCCGAUGCGGCGUUUACCAAGUCCAAGCUCCGCCAGCUCUACACCCUCAUGCGCGACAACGCCCGCGACCCCAAGUUCCGCGCCAUUGGCGAGAUCGGCCUGGACUACGACCGCUUCUACUACUCCUCCCAGGAGAUGCAGCUGCUCUUCUUCGAGGAGCAGCUCAAACUGAGUUGUCUGUUCCCCGAGAUGCCUCUGUUCCUGCACAUGCGCAACUGCUGCGCGGACUUCGUCGCGGUGCUCGACAAGUUCGUGCGCGGCUUUGCCGAUGCUGACGACCGCUUCGACCACCGCGAACUAGUCCGCGAAGCCGGCGCCAGCCACGAACACCUGCCGCAGAUCAGGGACGACGGCGCUAUUUUCUACCGCUUCUCGCCCGUGCGCAAAUUCGUUACCCAUUCCUUCACAGGAUCGCCUCAGGACUUGCAAGACGUGCUCUCGCUCUCUGCCAACUCCUACAUCGGCAUGAACGGCUGCUCCUUUAAAACUGCAGAAAACAUCCAGUGCGCCAAAGAAGUUCCCUUGGAAAGGCUCCUGCUAGAGACAGACGCGCCAUGGUGCGACAUCCGCAGAACCCAUGACUCAUACAAGUACCUGUUCACCGACCCCUCUGCGCACAAUCUACAAAAGGACGACCCAUGGCACAGUGGCCUCUCAGACGCGUACCCCGACAUCCCACAGUGGUUCAACUCUGUCAAACGCGAUAAACUUGAUAAAAAGUCCGAGGAGGAACGCGAGCAAACCACUGUCAAAUCCAGAAACGAGCCGUGCUUCAUGGGACAUGUGGCCACCGUGGUGGCGCGUGUCAAGCAGCUCCCCAUCGAGGAAGUAGCUUCUACGGUCUGGGACACCACCUGCGGCGUAUACGGUGAAUGA